UAUUAACCAAUAAUUGAAACUUGUUUUUUCGUUUAGUCUAUAAAGUAUAAAGUGAUCGAUAAACUAUAGAGAUUCCAGCAUAACUAAUUCGGCAUUAUUGCUAAGUUUCAAAUUAAGAAGACGCCAUGUUUCAUCAUACCCUUUAAUAUAUACAAAAGGGUCAAUGAUAAAUGUUCGAACGAAUCAGUCUAUCCAAGAGCCAAUUUUCUAACACUUUUAAAAAUUCACAAAACUUUGUACUCUUGUUAAAAAUUGUAUAAUACAUUUCGGUGUAUUCCAUAAAAUUUUACAGGACAAACUCUAAUAUCAAAUUUUAGAAUUUUAUAUUGUUGUUUUAUAACUAAGUAGAUUUUAGUAGAUUUUGGCUUAUUCGCUUUAUUUGGGUAUAUAGAAUGAAAACAUUUCGAUAGUUUGAAACGUCUGGGAUAUGAUUAAGUGGAAGAAAAAUGAAUUAAACUUUCCGAGUCCCGCCAGAUAGAUAAGAACCCACGUCGGGAUAACAAAUCACAAACUUGGUUGACUUUACAUAUUAUAAUGACGUAUUCAAGUGAUUCGAACUCUCGAAUAUUCCACUUUGAUAAGGCAUGAGAGAGUACAGAACCUUAAUGUAUUAGUUGUCCAUCUCAUAUACAUGCCAUUUAUUGAAGAAUAAUGAUUAGUCUACCGAUUUACUUCUAAAAAUAACAGAAAAAGAUCUUAUGAAACUUAAAACUUUUUAAAAGUCAAUUUGGAUGGUCUGGAAGUUAAGAGUCAGAGAUUUAUGCAUCUUCGAGUUUAGACAAAAUGCAUGCACGAGCUCGCACGAUCCUGUUUUCUGUUUUUUUUUACUAAGUCCUGUUUUCUGUUUCUAUAAGCUAAAAAUCAAUUGUUUUCUGUUUUACCAAAGCUAAAAAUUAACCCCAAAAACAAAAGCUAAGAUUAAUACUAAAUCUAAUUCCAUAGCUUGUGUUACACUAACAUCUUACAACCAUGAAAUCAAGAUCCGCAAUGAAGAAACUUUUCGAAAAACCCUUAAGAAAUCAAAAUCCAUUAGGUCUUGAAGCAGUAAAACCGAUAUUCGAAAUUAAUGCUUUAUAAUUCGAAUACAGAUGGUCAAAUAAUGCUUUAGUUUCACUUUUUACUUAAUUUGCAGUAUAUAAUUCCAAAUUUCUAACGAUCAAUACAAAUCAUACAAUGAUACAAAAUUACAAAUUACCAAAUUAAGUGACGAUCUGUAGUCGUCUAUCAUAUGAAAUGGAAUGGAACCAAUGAAAAUAUUCUAUUUCUUAUUUUCAAAAAAAAUAUAUUCUAUUUCCUUAUGUUCUCAAAAAAUUAUAUUUCAUUUAUGCUAUGUAAUCUGUUUGUAAUAAUAUUUAAGAAUAUCCGUGAGAAUUAUUCCAUUUCCUAUAAUAGUAAGACGGAUUUGACGAAUAAUGUUUUCACUACAUAAAAGUAUUGAGUUAUUUUUAAAAUUCACAGAUAUAAACUCACAAGAAUACUCAACCAAAAAUAUGAUUAAAAAUAAGAAAGUAAUAUCGAAAUAAUUAAAUCUCACUUAAAAAGCGCGCAUCUCGGCCAACACUCUGUCUAUAGCACUUCCUCUAUAUAUAGUCGAGCCUACUUUCUCAUUCACUACCAUCUCUGAAUCUGAUCCCACCAUCAAAAGGCCUUAUCUCUAAUCUGAGUGGCAUCGAAUUUGAUUUGAUUCCUGCAGAUAUCUUCCGAAAGAGAAACGAGUGGAGAUCGGUCUGAUCAUCAACCAUGGCGGGUCGGAACAUAGAGAAGAUGGCAUCAAUUGAUGCGCAGCUACGACAACUGGCUCCCGCUAAAGUGAGUGAAGACGACAAGCUUAUCGAGUACGAUGCUCUUCUCCUCGACCGCUUCCUCGACAUUCUCCAGGAUCUUCACGGCGAGGAUCUCCGUGAAACGGUUCAAGAGCUAUACGAGCUAUCUGCUGAGUAUGAAGGCAAGCGUGAGCCUAAGAAGCUUGAGGAGCUAGGGAAAGUCCUCACCAGUUUGGACGCCGGUGACUCCAUUGUUAUCUCCAAGGCUUUCUCCCACAUGCUCAACUUAGCAAACUUGGCUGAGGAGGUUCAGAUUGCUUACCGCCGCAGGAUCAAGAAACUCAAGAAAGGUGAUUUCGUUGACGAGAGCUCUGCGGCUACUGAGUCUGAUAUCGAAGAGACUUUCAAGAGGCUUGUUUCUGAUCUUGGUAAGUCUCCUGAAGAGAUCUUUGAUGCUUUGAAGAACCAGACUGUGGAUUUGGUUUUGACUGCUCAUCCUACUCAGUCUGUACGUAGAUCUUUGCUUCAGAAGCACGGCAGGAUAAGAGACUGUCUUGCUCAGCUGUAUGCUAAGGACAUUACUCCUGAUGACAAGCAUGAGCUUGAUGAGUCUCUGCAAAGAGAGAUUCAAGCUGCAUUCCGCACUGAUGAGAUAAGGAGAACACCUCCAACACCUCAAGAUGAGAUGAGAGCUGGAAUGAGCUACUUCCAUGAGACAAUCUGGAACGGUGUCCCUAAGUUCCUUCGCCGUGUUGACACUGCUCUGAAAAACAUUGGGAUUGAUGAACGUGUUCCUUACAAUGCUCCAUUGAUUCAGUUCUCUUCUUGGAUGGGGGGUGAUCGUGAUGGUAAUCCGAGGGUCACGCCUGAGGUCACUAGAGAUGUGUGCUUGUUAGCUAGAAUGAUGGCUGCCAAUCUCUACUAUAACCAAAUCGAGAAUCUGAUGUUUGAGUUGUCUAUGUGGCGUUGCACUGAUGAGUUCCGAGCCAAGGCUGAUGAAAUCCACAGGAACUCAAGGAAAGAUGCUGCAAAACAUUACAUAGAAUUUUGGAAGACAAUUCCUCCAACUGAGCCAUACCGUGUGAUCCUUGGUGAUGUGAGGGACAAACUCUAUCACACACGUGAGCGCUCUCGUCAAUUGCUGAGUAACGGAAUCUCAGACAUCCCUGAAGAAGCUACUUUCACCAAUGUGGAACAGUUCUUGGAGCCUCUUGAGCUAUGUUACCGCUCACUAUGUUCAUGUGGUGACCGCCCAAUAGCUGAUGGAACCCUUCUUGAUUUCUUGAGGCAAGUCUCCACCUUCGGACUCUCCCUUGUGAGGCUUGACAUUAGGCAAGAGUCUGAACGCCACACUGAUGUCUUGGACGCUAUCACAAAACACUUGGACGGUUCCUCAUACAGAGACUGGUCUGAAGAGCGUCGCCAAGAAUGGCUUCUAUCAGAACUAAGCGGCAAACGUCCACUUUUUGGACCAGAUCUUCCCAAAACCGAAGAAAUCGCUGAUGUUCUUGACACAUUCAAAGUCAUAUCCGAACUGCCUUCGGAUUGCUUUGGAGCUUACAUUAUUUCCAUGGCGACCUCACCUAGCGAUGUCCUUGCCGUUGAGCUUCUACAGCGCGAGUGCCACGUGAAAACGCCGCUUAGAGUUGUUCCUCUCUUUGAAAAGCUAGCUGAUCUCGAAGCAGCUCCUGCAGCUGUUUCAAGACUCUUUUCGCUAGACUGGUACAAGAACCGUAUUAACGGUAAACAAGAGGUUAUGAUUGGUUACUCAGACUCAGGGAAAGAUGCUGGGCGUCUCUCAGCUGCUUGGGAGCUGUACAAAGCUCAAGAAGAGCUUGUGAAAGUUGCUAAGAAGUACGGAGUGAAGCUGACUAUGUUCCAUGGCCGUGGCGGCACUGUCGGAAGAGGAGGUGGUCCCACACAUCUUGCUAUAUUGUCUCAGCCACCGGAUACAGUUAAUGGUUCGCUGAGAGUGACGGUUCAAGGUGAAGUCAUUGAGCAAUCGUUUGGAGAGGAACACUUGUGCUUUAGAACACUUCAGCGUUUCACAGCUGCUACUCUUGAGCAUGGGAUGAACCCUCCUGUUUCGCCAAAACCUGAGUGGCGUGCGUUGCUAGAUGCAAUGGCUGUUGUUGCUACUGAGGAAUACCGAUCUGUGGUAUUCCAAGAACCUCGAUUUGUCGAGUACUUCCGCCUUGCAACACCUGAGCUAGAGUAUGGACGUAUGAACAUUGGAAGCAGACCUUCAAAAAGAAAGCCAAGCGGUGGGAUUGAGUCUCUACGUGCAAUCCCAUGGAUCUUUGCUUGGACUCAAACCAGAUUCCAUCUUCCUGUAUGGCUAGGAUUCGGAGCAGCAUUCAAGUAUGCAAUCAAGAAGGAUGUGAGGAACCUCCACAUGCUGCAAGAUAUGUACAAACACUGGCCGUUUUUCCGAGUCACCAUUGACCUUAUUGAAAUGGUGUUCGCCAAGGGAGACCCUGGGAUCGCUGCAUUGUACGACAAACUUCUUGUGUCAAAAGAUCUAUGGGCCUUUGGAGAGAAACUGAGAACCAACUUUGAAGAAACCAAGAACCUCAUUCUCCAGACUGCUGGACACAAAGACCUUCUUGAAGGAGACCCUUACUUGAAACAGAGGCUUAGGUUGCGUGACUCUUACAUUACUACUCUCAAUGUCUGUCAAGCCUACACAUUGAAGAGAAUCCGUGAUCAAAACUACAAUGUGACUCUGCGACCACACAUUUCUAAAGAGAUCAUGCAGUCGAGCAAAUCAGCACAAGAGCUCGUCAAGCUUAACCCUACGAGUGAGUACGCGCCUGGACUUGAGGACACGCUCAUCUUGACCAUGAAGGGUAUUGCCGCAGGAUUGCAAAACACCGGUUAAGUGAUUGAGUUGAGUCACUGAGAGUGAACACAACUUUGGAGUCUCUCUUUUUCUAUCUCUCCUUUUUUUUUAAGAAUACUCUUUUUCUUGGAACCCAAGCAAUAAGUUAAUACGGUCGGAAUACAGAUUACUUUUAUGUAUCCACCGUUAACAAGUUUUUAUUUUGUCAUUGUGUGAAAAACUAAAACACUUCUCUGUUUCUGGAAGUGGAUGAAUGUUAAAUUCUAUCUUUUUUGUC